GCUUUCAAAACUUAAAAAAAGCUUCCAGUGAUACAGAUUAGAAAAACAACUUGUGCAAUUUUCAAAACUUCUAAUUUAUCAUUUCGACAUGCCGAAAAACAAAGGUGGCGGUGGUGGUGGUGGAAAAGGUGCAAAAAGUAAAGGGGCAGAGGGUGGUGGCGAUUCUCAACAGAAACAAGCUAAAGGAGGAACAGCAGUUAAAGUUCGUCACAUUUUAUGUGAGAAACAAUCCAAAGCACUAGAGGCAAUAGAAAAAUUAAAAAGUGGAAUGAAAUUUAAUGAAGUUGCUGCUCAAUACAGUGAGGACAAAGCUCGGUCUGGGGGUGACCUUGGCUGGAUGACCAGAGGAAGUAUGGUUGGACCUUUCCAAGAAGCAGCAUUUGCCAUACAGAAUAGCACAACUAACAGUCCCAUAUACACUGAUCCUCCUGUGAAAACUAAAUUUGGAUAUCAUGUAAUAAUGGUGGAAGGAAAAAAGUGAUCAUUUGUGUUUUGAACAUAUUCAGUUUUUAACCAUUUCAUGCAAAAGUGUUCAAUUUUCACAUUGUUUUAGAUCAUCAUAUUUAAAAAUUGGUCAUUAAUUUGUGAGUUAAUCAUGAUUUUGUUUAAGGUAUGUUAUGGCAAUUGGUGUUUAUAUGAUAUUACUGUCUUAAAAAUGAAAAAGGUUUUUGUUUUAUAUUUGUCCAUUCAUUUUUAAUUGUCCGUUUUUAAAAUAGAACUUUCUAUGUACAAUUUUGUAUAGUUAAGAAUACAUCUACAUGUAUCUGUAUUAGGACCAAAGAAGUUACAGUCAAGGCAAUCUCAACACAGAAAAAGAUUGAUAAUGAAAAAGUCCUGUUAUGCAAAACAAAAACAAAAAUGUCUCUAUAAAUUAUUUUUCCAUGCUACUAGUUUCUAUUAUAAAAUUUGCUAACUAUGUUUUCAAUUGAAAUACAAUGAUGAUCUUUUAUAGCUGUUGACCAAUUUUGAAUAAUUUUGCUUUUACCCCUAUUGGUUCCAAACUUGUUACAGAUGUUAAAUUUUAUCGUGUGAGGACGCCCUCUAGCUAGCUUUCAGAAAAUGGGUGGCUCUACUAAGGUGCUGUUUGGUGCCUUAAAUUAUUCACAUAGCAGAGAUCUGAGAUCUUCCUCCACCAGUAAAGCUUCACAUUGAGACUUGGAACCAGUCCAGAAAUAAGUGAAGAUUUGAAACAAAACACCUUAUAGGUGGCAUCUUUUUUUAAUUGGAAGUCAAUAUUGCUAUGUUAUCUUAGUUUUCAUAGGGAUAUAAUCUAAAAGUUUCAAAUGUAAUAUUUAGAAAAUUUCAAUGAAAAACAGUACCUAUACAUGUAAGAUCCUGAUGCUUAUUAUUAAUUAUAAGUAAAAAUAUAAA